AUGCCCCACAAAGUCACUGUCAAUUAUUCUUCUUUAGUAAACCAAUAUUUAUAAGCACUCAUAUGAUAAUUCUUAUUAUUCAUAUUGUGAUUGCUCAUCCAAGGUCCAGGCACAGGCUAAUUCUUUCAUAAAUAAACAGGGAAACAAUGGUCCCUGCCUGAAAGAGCUUACAGGCUUGGAAAUAUCCCUUUUACAUCAAAUAAAAACUGUGGGCGGAGUAACCAGACCAGCAUGUUCAUCAUACUGAAGGACCAGCUGUGGCUGAUGUAGCAGUAGAAGAGCUGUGGACAUGAGCUGGCAACCAUUCCUUUUGCUAAAGUGGUAAGGAUUUCUGUUGUGGCAUUGAAGGUUUGGCCUCAAACGCCAUUAGCCACCUCUUGAUUCUGAUUCUCAUCUGAAAUCUCUCAGAUGAACAAGGUAAACUUAUUUACUGCCCUUUACCCUGCCCUUGUGCAAAGAUUGUGUGAGCAGAGAGGUGAUAGUCCAUCCAUCAUUCCAGUUCUGCACCUGCAGAAGGAAAAGCUACAACCUCCAGCAUCGAAGACAUGGUGGAUGUGAAUUCUGUCAGCUGUAUCCAAGAUAUUAUCUGAAACGCCUACAUAAGCCAGCCCAAAGAAUGGGAUUUGCAGCACUUAGAGGUCUGGAACACGCAGAUCUUCCAGGUCUCCCUGUUUUCUAGUAAGCAUUAAUCUUUUAAAAUUUAUUACAAGUCACAAAACCUGGGAUCCCAAGCAGACCUCAGUGGUGCAUCCAGCACUACCAAUUCUGCUGGUUUGGCAAAGGGAAAAUUCAAACAUUUCUAUUAAAAGCAGAAGAGAUAACUCAGACAGAGGUUAUCAUUGAGGAUCCCUGAGGAUGCUUCAGAGAACCAGAAGCAAAAUAUAAGAUGAGUUCAAUGACAGGUUUACCCAAAUGCACACAGCAUUCAAAAGACUCUGGGCCCAGCUUUGAUGGAGCCUUUCAUAAGGACAGGCUUCAAGGGAAGUGAAUCAUUCUAAAUUCUAACUGUUUUUCCCUCUGUGCAUCAAGCUCCUGCUCAGAUCAAUGCUGUCUUCUGAGAGGAUACAGAUCCAGAAAAAUCCCUGGAGUAUUCAAAAGCAACAAAGCUGGUAUCCAUGAGCACAAUGCAGAUUUUGUGCAAAUUAUUUCCUUAUAUACUGUGCUGUCAAUUUUCAACAUUAAUAUGUCCCUCAGGGAGAUUUUUAGGAAGUGCUGUAUUUGUCUGAGAUUUUUUCUUUGGUUGCUGGUACAGAGAAGCAGCUUGAAACAAAAGAGAGUGAGGCAAGGUUGGUAGAAGGGAUAACAUCUUUUAUUAGACCAAGAGAAACUGGAAAAAAAAAAAGGGAAAAAAAACCCCAAGCAAACUGAAGGAGAAUCUGACAGACAUGGGAAUGCCUUGUGUGCCCUAAAACAUGGAUAGUUUUAUCCAUCUGUAUCAGCUGAUCUAAUAAAAGAUAUUGUCUCUCAUUGCAAACAUUAAGUUACAUCUCUGGACAAUCAUGCCCAUGGCAAUUUUGCCACUAUAAUGAAACAAAGACACAUAAGUGAUGAGUGGCCUGAAGACAGAUUUGAAAGCAACAAUGCACUUUGAAUCACCUAGAAAGAAAUAAAGGAGACCCUGCAGGACCGUGGCUUGGUUCUGGAGAGGUUAUUUAGGCUAGCUCUGAUGCAAUACUCUGCAUUUAAUAAAUUAACACAGACAAUCAUCAUAGAAUCACAGAAUGGUUUGGACUGGGAAAGAACCUCAAAGAUUACCUAGUUGUAAGCCCCCCUCGAUCAUGAGGAGGGACACCUUCCACUAGACCAGGUUGCUCAAAGCCCCAUCAAACCAGACCUUGAACACUUCCAGGAAUGGGGCAUUCACAGCUUUCUCAACCUGUGCCAGUGUCUCAUCACUCUCACAGUAAAGAAUUUCUUCCUUAUAUCUAAUAUAAAUCUCUCCUCUUUUAUAUUUAAGCUGUUCCUCCUUGUCCUGUCACUAUGUGCUCAGGCAAAAAUUCAGUCUCCCUUUUUUAUAAGCCCCCCUACAAGUACUUUCAAGUUCACCUUCACUGUAUCCUUGUGUUUUGAUUUUGUGAUAGUCUUACAACCACUAAACCUGUGGUGCUGUCCUCAUUCUAUAUUUGGUGGAUACAGGAUAUUAGAAAACAAUGUCAUGCAAAGAUAAUAAUCAAAUAUUUAUGGCCAGUUGAAAAGAAGAGUUCAUGCUCAAGCAGAGAUUCAGGUUUGGUUUUAUUUACCUCGCACGAGUUGUUCAGUGCCCAGAGAUUGUAUGGGUGAGGAAGAAAAUGCCACCACCGCGGACAGGUAGUAGACGUCCUGCAGAUCUAUCAUCAGUGUGAGUGACAAAUAGGAUCAAUGAAAUUGUUUGGGACAAACUGUGCUUUAAAGCAGCAGUGUACGGAGGCCAAAAAGCUGUGAAAAUAUUUGCUGGUUUUGAUACAAGUAGUUGUCAAGGCAGAGGUGGGCACACAGGCACACCUCACGGGGCUCUUCAGAGGUGCCCUGGGCACUGGGCCUCCCUUGAAGGGAUUAUUGAGCCUUUAGUCACCACUCAGCCAGCCAGGCACGAGGUGUGUGCUGGCAGCCAGCUCGAGUCCACCCUGCACCUUGCUGGUUGCCAGAAAACUAAUGAGCAAAUACUUCCGCUUUCAGGCUGUGCCCUCCCCUCUCCCUACACCUGCAACUAGAACCAGGACUCUGCCUGGGACAAACUGGAGCCUCCGCACCAGCAGCUGGGCUGGGAGCAGGGGAAAGCUGACCCAACAAAGACAGAUCAAGAGAGAGAGGAUUGGAGCACAGCUGGGAGCCAUCCUGCGUGUGCAGUAGGACACUAGCACUGAGCAGCAGGUUUUCCCAAACAGCUGAGUCCUCAGCUCCUGGGGAAGAUGAGUAUUUCGUCAGAGCACAAGCCCCUUGGGAAGCAGGUCACCGGCAGCCUGCAUACGUUGUCACCAAUUGUGGAGUUAAAUGUUGGUGGGGAGAUGUACACAACAACACUGAGCACCUUGAAGAAACACCCUGGCUCCAAGCUGGCAGAGAUGUUCACUGGCCAACCCAAACUCAGGACUGACUCCGAAGGGAGGUUCUUCAUUGACAGGCCAGGCACCUACUUCAAAUACAUCUUGGAGUACCUGCGUAGUAAUCAAGUGCCCACCCAGUGCAUCCACGAUGUCUACAAGGAGGCGUUGUUCUAUGACAUAGAGCCUUUGAUCAAGCAGCUUGAGGACUCCCCACAGAUCUUUGGGGAGCUCGUGGCGAGGAGGCAGUUUCUGGCUCGUGUGCCCAACUACAGCGAGAACAUCGAGCUGAUGAUCCGCAUCGCGAGGGCAGAAGCGGUUGCAUCCCGACAGUCCGGCGUCAUCGUAUGUGUGGUCAGAACCGAGGAGGAUGCAGCCAGGUGUCAGGAUGCCUUGAACAGUUUGGACAUGGAUAAAAAAUCCGUGGUGAAGUUUGGCCCCUGGAAGGCUGUGCCAGGUAUUUCUGAUCUGCUGGACUGCAUUCAAAUGGAUGUAGAAGCCAAAGGGUAUAAAAUAUCUUUUCAGCCCCAUGUUGCUGAAAAAGGUUUUCGUUUCAAAUCGCACGACUUCUUCUACAAGUUCCUGUUCACCUGGUGGUAGCAAAGUGCCACCAUUGACAGGGAACAUUAGAAAGCAAUUACUGGAACAAAUUAACCUGGGCUGUGGAGACUAAACUGUGGGUUACCAGAGGGACAGGAAGAAACACACAGACCAAGGAAAGGAUCUCCUUUGGCUAUCUGCCAUAUCAAAGAGCACUUAACAGCCACUUUAGUUGGGCUUUAGGGGAUUUAAAAGGCUCCAGAAAAAGGAGGAAUUUUACUCCUCAGUGUUGCAUACUAUUCAUUCAGUUCAAAGAGAUUGAUCUGUGGAUUGAGUCAACUUCACUCAACCUAAGGGAAAUGAAUAAUCCCAAAUAUGUUUCAUGGACAUGUCGAGUUGCUCUCUUAGUGCAAAUGGGAACAGGCCACAUACAUGCAAAUCCUGACUGAAACAGUGGCAUUACCACACACAUACUCAAAUUAAAUUUAAUUUCUUGAUGGGAAGGAAAAAGCUAUUCUUCUCCCUCCUUUCUACACUAGAAUCUGGGUUAAAAAAGAAGGAUUCAGUGUCCUAUGAUCUCUUCUUAUUCCUCCAGUAGACAGCCUACUCUCUAGUCAAUAUAUUUAUUACCGUUAUUUAUUAUUUGUUCUGAAGACAGAGAACCUCAGCUACAGUCCAGGAUCAAUAAAAGGCCCAAAUACCAUCACAGAUGUGAGGAGUUUAUAAUCUAAGGACACACACUCCUCUUUCAGACCACAUGAUCUUAAUCUCUUUCUUAUGACACUUGUUAUUAUGAUGUUGCUAUUUCUAACUGCAUAAGCUCCUAGAAGAAUUGGGAAAACCUGCCAUGAUUUGGUGGGAAGGAAGUGGUACUAAAGCAACAGCCUGCAAAUUCUCUUUUACAGAACACAAGUUGCAUUCUACAAUGUGUUUUUAAAAAAACUUAGAAUUUGAAAGUUUAUUUUUAUACUGGAGAUGGCUUGGGUUUAAUCACUCUGAGAAUCAUAAUGGCUGAUUUGAUAAAGAUCAUAUUUCCUUUACUUCUCAGAAGAUGGAUUUCUUCCAGUCAAGGACAAUAACCAUAGAACCAUAGAGUGGUCCUUGGGAUUUCAAAUAAAUAACUUUUAAAGUUUUUUUGAAUGAUGCAGAAGUGCUUUAUUUACUGCCAUUUUCCCCUCAAGAUCCCCAAAUUCUAAAGAUCUGAAGUUUUGUCUUUAGGGUAACAGAUUUGAAUCACUCCUAAUGAAGCUGUGUUUCAGAUGUUUCAGCAUGGACCUUCGCCAGUGACAGUCGUGAGUCACCCCAACAACUGCAGGGCAGUUCUGCUGUGGGUAUGAAGGGACUCUGAGAUGUCCCACAUGCAUAACCUUGGUAAGAAUGACACAGUCAGUGUCUGAGGAAAAAAAUGUUUAGGAAAUAGGCUCUUUUGAUCAUAACCAAGUGGCCGGUGGUGCUCAGCCUGGAAGAAGAGAGAUUGAGGAGGCCUCCCAACAGACAAAUGUUGCUUUAAAGAGAUCUAUUACACUUUGUACAUAUUAAGGCUGGGGAAACUGGCUUAAGUCACAACAAGAGAGAUGAAAAUUAGAUAUUAGGAGAAAACAACCUCAGUAUAGAAUAGUUAAAGCCUCACAUCAACCAACCUGCUAAGUCUAUAGGACUGCUGCCAUGAGAAAGUUUGACACGCUUGAAUCCUGUGUUCAGUUUGGGGCCCCUCACUCCAAGAAGGACAUUGAGGUGCCAGAGUGUGUCCAGAGAAGGGCAGUGGAGCUGGGGAAGGGUCUGGAGCACAAGUCUGAUGAGAAGUGGCUGAGGGAGCUGGGGGUGUUUAGCCUGGAGAAAAGGAGGCUCAGGGAGAGCCUUAUCACUCUCUACAACUGCCUGGAAGGAGAUUGUAGCCAGGUGAGUGACAGGACAAGAGAAAUGGCCUCAGGUUGUGCCAGGAAAAUAAUCAGGAAAAAUUUAUUCACUGAAAGGGUGGUCAGACAUUGGAGCAGGCUGUCCAAGGAAUUGGUCAAGUCACCAUCCCUGGAAGUUCUCAAAAAAUGUGUGGAUGUGGCACUUGGGGAUGGAGUUUAGUGGUGGGCUUGGCAGUGCUGGGUUAAUGGUUGAACUCAAUGAUCCUAGAAAUUUUUUCUGACUUUAGUGAUUGCAUGAUUCUGAUAGAAAUAAAUCGUCUAAUUAUUUUUAAUUAACCGUGUUACUGAAUCAUAAGCAGUAUAUUAUUCAUUAGCAUUGUAUUAGUCUUAAGUCACUUUUAGCCAGUAUGCAGACAAGUUUCUUUACACAAACUGUUAUUGUUAGAUUGGGAAAAUCACUGAAAAUUUCAGUUUUGCUAAACUAACCCUGAUAUGCUUUGAUGGACAAAACCUGUAGAGAGAGAUAUAUUUCUGGACACAAAAUUUGCAGGAUUUAUAGACUACAAGGGCAUUUUGCAGAAACCAGAAGAUAACAAGAGACUGUCAAAGACUCUGUAUUGUAUGUGCUGCAAAACUCCCUACCUGGAAAAAAGAUAACAAAAAGACUGAG